AUGUCCAGAAUCCCAACAAAGGUUUACGACAAAGAUAAGUUUAGCAAAGACCCAUGGAACAAGGUUGAACAGCCCUAUGGCAUUGAGCCAGCUGAAAGCCAAUCACCCAAACAUGAAACCGAUGUUCUAGAACAAUUACAUCAACUAGACCUUGCAUUAGAACAAGAAAUGUAUGGUACAUCUGACAGUCAGCCAGCAGAUGAUGAUUCAAGACUGUUACACUACGGUGGCUCACGUGACGCAGGGGAGAAAUCUGAGGGAGAUAGCAGUGCAUGCUUGGAAACAACUACAGAAUACACAUCAGAUGAUGAAAAUGAACAGAGUGAUGGGAUUCCAAGUGAGUCUCAUAAAUGGUCUGGAGUGGAAGAUUUUGCCAGUGAUCAAGAAAAACAAAGUCCAACCACCUCACGUGCAUUGAGCAGCAGAGUACUGGAGGCAGAGAGGAACUCUGCAAUCAAUGUGUCAAUUCAGCACUCAAUCAGCAGUUGUGCAAUCAACAUUCAGACAUCAAAACAUUUAGUGCGACAAGCUUUCAGUGCGCUUGAUCACAUUAAAAGAGGAUUCAACCCUGAUGUAAACAAUGUACCUAAAACUGCAGAAGAAGCUGAAACACAUGAAUUUCCAACCUUGGAUAUGGCUCCCCAUACUAAGUUACCUGACUUUGAUGAAGUUGACUAUCAGAAGAAAGGAGAAAAUGGGAAUAAAAGGAAUAAGUUGUGCAAAGAUGGCCAACUUGUGAUCCCUAUAGCCGUGGCUCCUCCAAGAUGUUAUCAGCUCCCAGUGUAUGAAGUAGAAAAGAGGCCAGCAGCUGAUCCUAUAGAGCACAUUCAACCAGCAUCAAAACUUCUGAGUUGGACUCACGGUGACCACAGACCAGUGAUGAGACCUUGUGAUUCUGAUGUUCUAAGAACUUCAGAUACUUAUGCAGAUGGGACGCAAACAACCUGUUUACUGAAAAAACAUGUGAAUGAUGAAGGGUCUGAUAACAGCUCUACCCUGGACAAACAUGUUGCCUCCUUAUCAGAGCACAAGAGAAUGUUAGCAACAAAGACUAAGAAGAAAAUGAAUAUAUUAGCUCAUGCUCACCAUCAGGACACUUACCCUUCUCGUAAAGGUCGAGUAUCUAUGAAAAUCCCAGCAGAAGGUAACCAGCAAGAAUAUAGAAAGCAAUGCAUGUAUCUAUCAGGCAAUAGAAGAAUCCACAUUACCCAAAGCUGUAACAUUGUGCCAGAAGGAGUGAAACUGAGACAGAAGAAAAGCCACGAGAUUUCUCCACUAACCAGCAGGAGAAAAACACAACAUCAAAACUAUAUAAAAAAAACAAAGUUAAAAUCGGAGGAAAUGCCUGGGACUAACAAUUGGACAAAUGAAGUCACAGAAGUGAUUGAAAAGAUGGCCUUUGGAUGCUUGCCAGCGGCACCAGGGGAACCAAAUGAGAAUGGUAGCCCACACGUAAAUGAAGAGGAAUUGUUCCGCCGCUUUGCAAAACUACCGUGGCAAUACAAGGAACAUGGACGACAUCACAACAACAGCAAAGAGAGAAAGGGACAAGAUGUAGGCCACCAACAAAUGCAGUACAGCUCGCACAAGAACUAUCCCAAAGACACGCUGGUUGAGAGUGACAGCAGUGCAGGACAGAAUGAAUGUUUUGAUAGCCAGUUAUCAGGAUGCAGUGAGGAAGAAAUGGAGGCAACAAAUGUGAACAAAACAUUCACCACAAGACGAAUGUGGAAGGAAACUCAAAAGGAAAAUAUGUACCACUCUUCAGUGUCAGAUUCAUCCCUCAGUGUGUCUGAUGAGUUUUUCACUCCCAAUCCCGAAAUGGUCUCCCUUUGUUCUGAAACUUCAACUAAUGUGGACCUCAACUCAAAUCAACUUACCAAAGAGUCCACUAGUUUUGAAGAGGAGUUAGAAAUUACCACAGCAAUUUAUCAGAAAAAUGCAGGCUCUUUCAGAAGCUCCAGCAGUUUUGAUACUGAUGGUGUUGUAGAAGAAAAAAGGAGCAAGAAUGAAGACCAGUGCAGCUGUACACCUUUAUCUGGGUAA